UCAGAGAAAAUUUUUCGAAUGGCUACCAAACAAUGAGCUAUCACUUUAAAAGAAUUGAACAUCUAGUCUGCAGUCAGCCGACAUUCCAUCCAGCGCGCAGCGCUGAAUGGCAGUCUAGUUUCAUGUUCUUACUCAUAGAUCGUUCGCGUGUACUUUUUCGUGAUAAACAACGAACAACCAAUGAAGAUAAAGUUACUAUUGAUAUGGAUUCAGAUGAACAGGGCUGUCGCGAGGUGUUAAAGAUUGGGGGGGGGUCGACAAAUUUUUUGAAAAACUUUCGAAAUUUCUAUAAAUUAUCGAAAGGAUGAGGGCGGAUAAGGCCGUUUUCUCGCCCCCAAAGUAUUUCAGUUUUUUAUGUUAAAAUCAAGUCAACAACGACUCCUGAUGAUACUGCAAAGGUUUAUUUUGCAAUAUCUUUCCAUCGAUUUUUCGACCCAUACCUGUACUCCCCCACAGGGAUGGCCAAAACUUAUUUUUAACCCUUUCCGGUCGGCUAUUCGAAAAACGCCGUACACCUAUAGGGAAAAAUGUUGCCAUAUGGCAACAUCCGGCCGGAAAGGGUUAACACUGCUGUGGGGGAGUACAGGUAUGAGUCGAAAAAUCGAUGGUAAGAUGUUGCAAAAUAAACCUUUGCAGUAUCAUCAGGAGUCGUUGUUGACUUGACUUUUAUAUAAAAAAGCGAAUUAUUUUGGGGGCAAGAAAACGGCCUUAUCCGCCCUUGUCCUUUCUAAAAAAUGUAGAGAUUUAUUGCAAAUUUUAGAGAUUUUUGAAAAUUUUUCGAAAAUUCUUGGAAAUUUCUUAAAAAAUAUUGAGCAAAAAAACAAAAUUUCUAAAGAUUGGGGGGGGGGGGUGACCCCCCGUCCCUCCUGGCCGCGACAGCCCUGCAGAUGAAAUAUAUAAUCCUUUUAUGAAACAAAAAGUACAAGUUAUGAAAGGAGCAGCAUAAUUUAUUUUUCUUUAAUUUUUAAUAAAUAAACAAGAAUUUAAAAUAAAAAUUUAGGCUACAUAUUUGGUAAAUCGUUCGGAAGCUAUACAAAAUAUAGAACAAACAGUUAUUCAGCUUGGCGAUAUUUUUAUUCAAUUAGGUGUAAUAGUACGACAAUACAGAGAACGUGUUGAUAAAAUUUAUGCUAAUGUUAAUGAAGCAACACAUAACAUUGAACGUGUAUAUACAAUAUUACUUCAAUAUCUUCAUUCAGUUACAUCGAAUCGAUGGCUUAUUAUCAAAGUUUUUGCUGUGUUGAUUAUAUUUUUUCUUGCUUGA